AUGCCUGCCUCCGAGAAGAACGCUCAGCUCCCGGCUCCCAGCAAGUCGACCCCUACCCUCUCCGGCGAUGAUGUGACCGUCGUCUUUGUGCUCGGCGGCCCCGGUGCCGGCAAGGGCACCCAGUGCGCCAACCUCGUCAAGGAUUACGGCUUCACCCACCUGUCGGCCGGCGACCUGCUGCGCGCCGAGCAGGAGCGUCCCGGCUCCCAGUUUGGUGACCUGAUCAAGGACUACAUCAAGAACGGCCUGAUUGUGCCCAUGGAGGUGACGGUGCAGCUGCUCGAGAACGCCAUGGUCGCGGACCUGGACAAGAGCGGCAAGGGCGACAUCAAGGGCCGCAAGGGCAAGUUCCUCAUCGACGGCUUCCCGCGCAAGCUCGACCAGGCUCACAAGUUUGAGGAGUCUGUCUGCCCGGCCAAGAUGGUGCUCUUUUACGACUGCUCCGAAAAUGAGAUGGAGAAGCGUCUGCUCAUCCGCGGCCAAACCAGCGGCCGCAGCGACGACAAUGCCGAGAGCAUCCGCAAGCGCUUCCGCACCUUUGUCGAGACCAGCAUGCCCGUCGUUGACUACUACCAGACCCAGAACAAGGUGGUCAAGAUCAAUGCCGAGCGUGACCCCGAGGUCGUUCACAAGGACACUCAGAAGCAGGUUGAGGCUCAGCUUGGCAAGAACUUCUAG